AGAAGCCCUCUCGGAAACAGAUGGCAUUGCCUCGCUCAUUUCUGUUGGGCGGCUCGUCGCCCUUUAUAUUAUGUAGCAUACUCCCUUCUCUCACUACCAAACCCAUUCCUUCACUCUCUUUCUCUCUCUCCUCCACCACCGCCAUGGCUUCCGCUUCUCCUGCCAAGAAGGUUCUGGUUCCGAUUGCGAAUGGCUCGGAGCCGAUGGAGGCGGUGAUCGCCGUCGAUGUUCUGCGCCGAGCCGGAGCUGAUGUCACUGUGGCUUCUGUGGAGAAGCAGCUGAGGGUUGAGGCUUGUGAUGGGGUUAAGAUCAUCGCUGAUGCUUUGGUUUCGGACUGUGGCCAGACCUCCUUCGAUCUCAUUACUCUACCUGGAGGGAUGCCAGGUGCUACCACUCUUAAAAACAGUGAGGUCCUGGAAAGUCUGGUGAAAAAGCAAGCUGCCGAUGGGAAGCUCUAUGCUGCAAUCUGUGCUGCACCUGCAGUGGCACUUGGGUCUUGGGGUGUGCUGAAGGGAUUGAAAGCAACUUGCCAUCCUUUAGUAAUGGAUCAAUUAGCAGCAUCUGGUGCGACUGCUGUUGAAUCAAGAGUGCAGCUGGAUGGCAAAGCUGUGACAAGUCGUGGACCUGGUACCACCAUAGAGUUUGCUGUUGCACUUGUUGAGCAAUUGUAUGGGAAAGGGAAAGCUGAUGAAGUUUCUGGUCCCCUGGUUAUGCGUUCCAACCAUGGGGAUGAAUAUAUCAUAACUGAGCAAAACCCAACAAAGUGGACUUUCACUGAUUCCCCAAAGAUUCUUGUACCGAUAGCUAAUGGUACAGAGGAAAUGGAAGCUAUAAUGAUCAUUGAUAUUCUACGAGAAGCCAAAGCAACUGUUGUGGUGGCCUCUGUAGAAGAUAAGCUAGACAUUAUUGCUUCUCGCAAAGUUAAGCUGGAAGCAGAUGUGCUCCUGGAUGAAGCGGCCAAACUUUCGUAUGACCUAAUAGUUUUACCUGGUGGACUUGGCGGUGCUCAAGCUUUUGCAAAAUCAGAAACACUUGUGAAUUUGUUGAAAAAGCAGAGGGAAUCAAAUAAGCCUUAUGGAGCUAUAUGUGCUUCACCAGCUUUAGUCUUUGAACCCCAUGGCUUACUCAAGGGAAAAAAGGCCACAGCUUUCCCAGCAAUGUGCGACAAGCUGUCAGAUAAGAGUGAAAUUGAAAAUAGGGUAUUGGUUGAUGGUAACCUCAUCACCAGCAGGGGGCCAGGAACUUCCAUGGAGUUUGCUCUAGGAAUUGUUGAGAAGUUUUUUGGCCGCGAAAAAGCAAUAGAGCUUGCAAAAUUUAUGGUUUUUGUUCGUCCAUAAAACUAUAUUCACCGAGAGAAGUGGAGAGCGGGAUUCAUGUGCACAUGAAUCCUUUUAUGAGGUUAUGUAUCAUGGUUUUGUAUGUAAAUAAAUGUGUAAGGGAUGGAGCUCCACAUGAAUCCUUUUAUGAGGUUAUGUAUCAUGGUUUUGUAUGUAAAUAAAAAUGUGUAAGGGAUGGAGCUCCACAUGAAUCCUUUUAUGAGGUUAUGUAUCACGGUUUUGUAUGUAAAUAAACGUGCAAGGGAUGGAGCUUUGAAUCUUGUGAUAAUUCUAGGUUUAUAUGUCUAAUUGCACUGCCUACUUGAGAGUUUA